AUGAAAUUAAUUUCUUUGCUUAUACACUCUUUAUUUAGUUUCAUCUACAUAAUCUGCCAGAAUACCAUAAUUAUAACACAAUAUUCAGAAUUGCAAUAAUUAUAUUUUUUGGAAAAUGAAAAAUACAUUAUUGAAGAAAAUGAUUUGGCUAUCCCUUUUAAGAAUGAUGAAGAUUUAUAAAGAAAACUUCUAAAUACCUCUUCUUAAUAGUUAAUAUAAAAAUAAAAGUAGAUUGAUCUAGGUUUAGAUGACGAUGCAACAUUAUUUAAAUUUCUAAGUCACCAAGGAAAAUAUAUUAAUAUUUGUGUCUUAUAACUUUAAUCAAUAGAUUGUAAAAUUAGAAUAAAUAAUACAUUAUACAAUGAAGGUAUAAUAGCAGAAGAAAUUAGAUCAAAUCCUAUAUCUCUACCUUCUAAUUCAUGUUAUAAUGCUUUUUAUAUAGAAGAAGAUUCAUUUCUUAUUCAUUGUCUUAAUUCUAAUUAAUAAAUCUAAUAUUUCCUUUUAAAUGACAAAAGUUAAAUAUUAGAUGAAAUCACAAUUAAUGAAAUACAUAAUUGUAGAUUAGACUCUAAAUUAUAAUCUAAUAAACUACUCAUAAAUUCUUUGAAUUGUUAAAUAUCUAUUAUUUUGAUUAUUGAAAUAAAUCUAUAAGAUGGGAGAUUGUAAUUCAAUAAGAAUUUCACAAAAUUACAUGAAUUAGACACUUAUCCAAAUCAUAGCAAUUUAAUUGAUUUAAAAAUUUGUGAUUAAAAUAUAGUUCUAUUAAUUUUUGCAUAAUUCAUGUGCACAUAUAAUUUAGAGAAUUAGUUAUUUAAAAAUGAAAUGAUAUAAUAUCAACCAUGGUUUCUUUACAUUAAAGACUCUUGUUUUCCAUAUGUAAUGAAUUAAUAAUUUAAAGGAUAGAACAGAAUAGAGUAUUAUUAUCCUACAUUUAAUUAAAUGAUAAAUACAGAAUCAUAGAUUAAAAGCAUUUAAUAUUCUGGAAAAAUCUUUCUUUUUUUAUAUGAUGAUUAUGCUAUAAUAACUCAUGAAAAUUUUAAUCAAAAAAGAAUUUUAAAUAUAAAACAAAUUUAUAAAUUAAAUACAUUACCUCUCCUUUUGACUCUAGAUUAUAAAAAUUAAAUUUCAUUUUAUAACAUUAUUUGCCUUAAUAAAUUUAUUCAAUAUUAAAAUUUACCAUUUAUUGGAAUAUAUUAGAAAAGCUAAUUAAAAUACUACACAAAUUAAAUACUAUUUUACUACAAAAUGUUCUAAUAUACUAUUAUUUAUCCUUUGCAAAUUGAAUUAACAGAAAGUAUAACUAUUAAAAAUAAUUAAAGAGAUAUUACUAAUUUGAUAAUUUAUACUAAUUAAAUUUCAAAAGCAAUACCUCUGUAUUUGGAUUUAGAAUUUGAUUAGGAUAAUGUUUUAUAAGAAUAUCAAAAUUAGACAAUAAUAAUUUAUCAUAGAAAUUUACCAAUUAAAAAAAUAUUGAAAAUUAUUUCAUUUGAGAUCAAUUUUAUUAUUAUAAUUUAUGAAGAUUAAUAUCAUAAAAUAUAUGUUAAUCUAAAAAAUAAAGAUAUUUAAAAGAAUGUUUAUAUAAUGAGUUCAACAUUUGAAGUAUCAGUUGAAUUUUUAAAAGAAGAUAUUAAUUAAAUUACAUUAUUCUUUAUUACUAAAAAUAAAAUUCUGAAUUUUUUAAUUAUUAAUAAAACUGAGAUAGAAUAUUAGGAUUCUAUUAAACCUAAAGAUUAUAUAUAGGAAUAUAAAAUGGAUUUAUACAAAAUAAUAUGUCUACUAAUAGAUAAUACAGUCCUUACAUAUUAAUUUAAAAAUUGGUAUGAAUAUUUUUCAGCAAAAAAUUAAUAUUUAUAAGAAUUUUGGAUGAAAAGAGAGAAUAAAUAUAAUGAUUUCAGAGUUCCAUAUUUAUAUAUUGAUCAUUAAAAAUAUACUAUUGAAAUCUAAUCAUUAAUACCUAAUAAGUAUAACAUUCUAGUAACAUUAAAUAGUGAAAUACUAAUUUCACAUAUAUUUGUACCUUAUACCAGAAUAUUACUAAUUGUAAAUAAUAACAAUAUAUUAGAAUUAAAACUAUAUUUUUUUAGUUUAAAUGAAAUCCUUCUUCUAUAUUAAAUACCAACAUAUGAAUUUCUCAUACUAUAACCUAUUAAAAUCAAAUUUUAUGACAAAUUAUUUAGCAUAAUUACAAUAAAGAAUGAGUAAGAAUAUCUAUUAACAUAUGAUGUAACUAAAUAAGGAAAGUCAUCCUUAAUAUAAAUUACUAAAAUGUAAUUAGAUUAUUAAAGUUUUAAUUUAAUUGAUGAAACAGGAAUUCUUAGUUAAGUAUUAUUUGAUAAAAUUGUUAUCAAUUAUCCAUAUUUAAACUUUGGUAUCAAAUAAAUAAAAAUAUCUGAUUAAUCUAUAAUAGAUCAUCUAAUUAAAUUUUAAGCUAAAUCUUUAAUAUAAUCUAUUCCAUCUUAUUUUUAUAUUAACUUAAAUCUAUUAAAUUUUGAUACUAAACUAAGAUAUAAGCUUAAUGUUAAAUAAUAGAUGUUAAUGAUUAAUAAUUAAAAUGAAAUAAUCAAUCUCGAUUCCAUUUAUGGUAGUAUAAAUAAUUUGUAUUUGAGUAAUAAUUGUGAAGGAUUUUUAAAUGGACCAAUCUAAUUGAAAUAAAUCAUAUAAUUGAAUAAUUGCUAGAGUAUUUAUGAAUAAUUUUGUUUUGUUUCUAACUCUACAUUGAUUAUUGAUUACUUUAACUCUAAUAUAACCAUCAUAUUACCAAAUUAUACUAUAUUACUCAAUACGAUCUUAAAAUCUAAUAAUAACUUAAUCAUCCUUUAUAAUCAUUAAUUUUCAUAAAUUGGUUUUUUUAAUUUUUCAGGUAAUCAAUCAAUUUAAUAAAAUAUAUAUAAUGAUUCUAACUAUAUAAAAUUAGAUUACAUUUAAUUUAAUAAUAAAUAUAAAUCUAUAAGAUUUAUCAACGAUAUUCUCAUGAUUGAAACAGCACAAUUUUUGGGUAUUUACUCAAUAAUAAGACAAUAAAAUAAAAUGAAAUAAGAAGUACAAUGUUAAGUAAAUUAUCUUUCAGUAAAAUAAAUUGAAUAUUUAUUUUAUUAUGAAUAUUCAUUUAUACUUUUAAUUUUGAAAAAUGAAUUUGAGCUUUGUUUUGAAAUUUGCUCAAAGUUUGAGAAUGAAGAUAAACAACACAAGAAAAUCAUUUCAGAUUUCCAAAUUGUGGCUUUUCAUAUAUUGAACAUAAAAUAGGAAAAUUAAGAGAUUCAUUUAAUUCUUAUUCUCUUUUCCCCUAGAGACUUUGCAUACAUUUAUGAAUUAUUUUUUGAUUUAAAGUAAUAAAUAAUUACUGAAUAAAUAAUAAAGUCUUAAAUAAUCAGAUAUAUAAAUAUUAAUUAUGAAGAUUUCAAAUAAAUUAAUGAAACUAAUUUUAUUUUGAAAGGAAAAAAUGAAAAUUCAACUUCAUCAUCCUAUUUCUAUUAGAUGAAUUUAAGUUCUUCUAUUGAAAUCUUUGAUUAUUAUUAUAAAGAUGAUGAAUUUUCAGAUAUCUAAUAUUAUAAUUAAACACAUUUUGUAUAAAUUAAAAAUGAUGGGAAAAUUAAUAAUAUAUAACUUAUUGAAAUACAUAAUUAUCAAAUAAAUUUACAAAAUAAUUGUGAAUUAGUUUUACAUAAUUAUGUAUCUAGUUUAAGAUCUCCUGUAAUUUUAUAGUAUUCAAUUUAAAAUAAAUCUAAAACUACUUUAUAUCUAUUGAUGUUGAAUUUCCCAUUAAUUUUGUUUAUCAGUAACAAAAAAAAUAGAAGUUUAUGA